AUGAUAUCUUCAAUAGCAAAAAAACUUUUACGUUAUGCAUCGAAACAAUCAUCAAAAAAUCCAAUUGAGAUGAUUGUAUUUUGUUUGAUAAUUGCAUCUUUUUCUUACGCAUCUUUAUUUCAAUCUUUAAUAGAAUCCGAUUUAUUGAAUGAUCUCUCUUCUUCUUCCACUCCUUCUAUUUCCACCUCUUCCUUAAAUCAUCAUGUUAAAGAUAAUUUAAAGAUAAUUUCUUUUCCAAAUACAAAUAAAUUUAUUAGAUUAAAUGAAAAAAUCGAUUACAAAGACGUCGAAAAUAUUCAACUAACUCAAAUUAAUGCCGAAACCAUAGAUAUUAUGGUAAUAUUAGCCGGUUACAUAUUAAUGUUUCUUACUUUCUUAUCUUUAUUCCUUAAUAUGAGAAAAAUUGGUUCUAAAAUUGCUUUGGCAUUAUGUGUUAUAUCUAAUGGUUUCUUUGCAUUCAUGUUGGCUUUAUUAACAAUUAAUUUAUUUGGCGCCUUUGUUAAUCCGAUUUUACUCAGCGAAGCAAUUCCAUUUUUAAUAAUAACAGUGGGAUUUGAAAAACCAUUCGCUUUAACGAAAGCUGUACUCACUUCAUCACCGUCUUCCUCCACUUCAUCAUCUCUAAUUUCAAUCGAAGAAAAGCUAUCUGAUAUAAUUCCAUUCAAUGUUCGUGAUAGUGUAAUAGCUGGUGUAACCAAAGAAGGUCCAAAUAUAGUCAGAGAUUAUUUUGUUGAAAUCGUUGUAUUAUUCUUUGGCGCAAUGUCUGGUGUAUCAGGAUUACAAGAAUUUUGUUUUUUGGGUGCUUUCAUUCUUUUGUAUGAUUGUUUAUUCUUGUUCACUUUUUAUACUGCGAUGUUAACCCUUAAACUUGAGUUGAAAAGGAUCAGAGAAGCCAAAGUAUUAAAAAAAUCUACAGAAAGAGAUGUAAUCACCAGUAGUCCAUCAAGCAUCAGACAAAGCAUUAUUAAAGCAUUCCGUGAUAACACUGUAGAAACUGAAGAAGCCAAAAAGUAUGAUAAUCCAACGAUUGCUAGAAUUGUUGGAUUUGUUAUAAUGCAUGUUUUAAAUUUCUGUACAACUUUACAUUCAAACAAUGAUGUUUCUAUGACACCAAUUAAUACCACCACCACACCAACAUUAUCAUCUUUACCUUUUUCUGAACUUGACUCAUCAUCAUCUCCUCCUUCUUCCGAAUUCGAUCUUAACUCUCCGCCACUUCAAUUACCACUCACUUCAUUACUAAAUCAACAUCAACCUCUUCAAUCUUCAAGCAAUUUAAAUCUACCAUUAUUGGUUCACGUCACCUCACCUUUAACCUUUAAAGUUUUAGAUUCUUCCAACUCUAAAUCCAUUUGGGCCAAUCACUACGGUAGCGGCAUCGAUUCUGAUUAUGAUCACAGUUUCAACGUUAUUAAACUUUUUUAUAAUAGUUUUGAUGCGUUGAUGAAUUUUUGGUCCUUAUUUGUACAAGAUCCUGUAUUAUCCAAAUGGAUUAGCGUAGGUUUGGUGUUUUCACUUGUGUUAAACGUUUACUUGUUAAAUUCACAUAAGCAGCCUAAAAGUGAUGCAAACAAAAAUCAUGAAAAUCAUUGUGAUGAACACUACGAAGAAGAGAAACUAGAUAAUACCACCACAAUAACUACUGAUUCCGCCACAAAAAAUAUUCAAUCAAUUGAGGAAUGUGAAACGAUAUUAAAAGAACAAGGUUCAUCAUCAUUAAAUGAUGAGGAAAUACUAUCGCUAUUGAAUGCCGGCAAGAUACCUUCAUAUUCAUUGGAGAAAAUUUCAGCAGAUAACUUGGAAAGAGCAGUGAAAAUACGUCGAGCUCUUAUCUCCAGAUCAUCAAUAACCAAAACUUUGGAAAAUUCUUUGUUACCAAUAUCAAACUAUGAUUACGGUAAAGUUUUGGGUGCUUGUUGUGAAAAUGUAAUAGGUUAUAUCCCAAUACCUGUUGGUGUAGCUGGUCCAUUGAAUGUUGACAAUGAAUUGAUUCAUAUACCAAUGGCUACAACUGAAGGUUGCCUGGUAGCUUCUACUUCAAGAGGUUGCAAGGCAAUAAAUAUGGGUAGUGGCGUUACAACUGUAUUGACACAUGAUGGUAUGACAAGAGGUCCAUGUGUGGAAUUUCCUAAUAUUGUCCGAGCGAACGAGGCUAAAACCUGGUUGGAAGGUGAGGGUAGUGAGAUUGUCAAGAAGGUAUUUGAUUCAACUUCAAGGUUUGCCCGAUUACAAAAACUCAAAUCCACGCUAUCAGGAAAACUGAUGUUCAUCAGAUUCUCAACCACAACAGGUGAUGCAAUGGGAAUGAAUAUGAUAUCGAAGGGUUGCGAGAAAUCUUUAUCAACAAUGUUGGACUACUUUCCUGAUAUGCAAAUAGUUUCUUUAUCCGGCAAUUAUUGUACUGAUAAAAAACCAGCUGCUAUUAAUUGGAUUGAGGGACGUGGUAAAUCUAUUGUUGCCGAAACAAUCAUACCGGGUGAAAUAGUUAAAAAAGUAUUGAAGACUAGUGUGGAAAAUCUGGUGGAUUUAAACACUUCCAAGAAUUUGAUUGGAUCUGCGAUGGCUGGUAGUAUUGGUGGUUUUAAUGCUCACGCUGCUAAUAUUUUGACUGCCAUCUAUAUCGCGACUGGUCAAGAUCCUGCACAAAAUGUUGAAAGUUCCAAUUGUAUAACAAUGAUGAAAUCAAUUAACAAUGGACAAGACUUACAUUUAACUUGUACUAUGCCUUCGAUAGAAGUUGGCACAUUGGGAGGUGGUACUAUACUAGAAGCACAAAGUUCAAUGUUAGAAAUGCUGGGUGUAAAAGGUGCACAUCCAACUACACCUGGAAAAAAUGCACAAAAAUUAGCAAGAAUUAUAUGUGCAGCUGUUAUGGCUGGUGAAUUGAGUUUAUGCUCUGCAUUGGCAGCAGAAUCUAGUAGUCAUAAGGGUUCACAUAAUCAUAUGGAUUCACAUCAUCAUGAAACAACAAAUGAUUCCACUUCAUCUACAACGCCUGUAUUGGGCUCUUGUAUUAAAUCAUAA